AGGUUUGAAAUGGCUCCGCAUCAAUAUCAUUUCAAUACGAUGGAUUCGUCCGAAACUACUACAGGCUCAUCAAUUAUUGUUUCACCAACAUUUGACCAAGCCUUUUCAUAUCAACCAUCUGCAGGAAUAUUAAUUAAUAAUAAUAGUAGUAAUCACCAUGGUAAUAGUGUAGAACAAAAUGGAAUGUAUUAUUCUGCUCCUAAUUAUGAUGAUAUUCAAGCAGGAUCAUAUCCACCAAAAUCUAAAAAGAAGUCAUUGUUUAGUAAGAUAUUCAAUAAGAAAAAUCAUGAAGACCAAGAAGAAGAAGUUGUCUUCUUUGAUUCAACUGGUCAACGAGUUCCAAUAGAUACAACAAGGAGAACUGAUGAAGGUUCUACUCUUGUAGUAAAUGAUAUGAAUCAUGAUUAUUUUGUACCAAAAAAGAAAUCAACUAAUAGUUUGGAAAAUGUAAAUUCAAUUAAUACUUCAAAUGAAAAUUUACCUGAUGAGGAAAAGGAAGCUCGAAAAUUGAAGAGAAAACAGAGACAAGACAAAUUAUGGAAGGAAUUAAUGAGUAUGAAAAAGACAGGAUUAUUUUUCUCAAUUUGGAAUUUAAUUAAUGAUGUUAUUAGCCCAGGUACUGUCAGAAAUAUUCCUGUUUCACUCAGGGCAGGCAAAUGUUUAGAAACACUAUCUGGUGCUGUUAACAAGCUCAAAACUAUACAAAAUAGGAGAGAAAUUGCUGUCAAGACAACAAUGACAGGAGGAAAAUAUUUAAUCUAUCAAUAUAUUAAAUACAUGAUAAUACAUUAA